AUGAAGGAUUUUCCUAACAUGUUUCUUGAGGACUUUUAUGGUAUUAAGGUUUUCUCAAGUACCGCACCGAUGUCCAUUGCACCCUAUGGUAUGACACUAGGGGAGCUUAAGAAGCUGAAGAUUCAGUUGCAAGAGCUACUUGAUCAAGGGUGUGUCAUUUACACUGAUCACAAGAGUAUUAAGUAUCUCCUCGUGUGGGAGAAGUUGAACUUGAGACAAAGGCAUUUGAUUAAGCCAUUGAAAGACUACGAUUGUGUGAUUGAGUAUCAUUCCGGCAAAGCGAAUGUUGUUGCUGAUGCCUUAAGCCAAAAAUUGAUAGUUGAGCUACGAGCGAUGUUUGGACGUCUCAGUAUGACAGGUGAUGGUGGUUUAUUGGUUGAAAUUCAGGUAAAGCCGAUUUUGUUGCUACAAAUCAAUGAGAGACAGUUGGUUGAUGAUAGUUUGGGGAAGAGGAUUCAACAAGUUGAGGAAGGUAGUGGUGGAGACUUUGAGCUGAAUUCUGAUGGUAUUUUGAAUUUUUGA